AUGCGAGUUUUUUGUCACCUAAUACUUGGGUCUGCUCUCACGGUAAGCCAAGCUUCAGGAUAUGCUCGUUCUGGUUCGUUCCUCGAUGAGAAGCAUGUUGUUCAUGAAAUUGAUCAAGAAGAAGUGCAUGCAUGGUAUUUUUACGAUGAAGCUCAUUUGACGAAAUCACAUUUAUGGGAAGAGAUGGCAAAUGAAGAAGGAGCUUUUAAUCAAACGGUGAUUCAUUUAAACAAAACCAACCAAACAUUGGUGCUUACAUCUCCUAAUCCGCCCACAUUUCACCAAGUGGAUCUUGAAUUGAUUGGUAUAUUUACCGAUGACGAUGCUAAUGAAUUGGAUGUGCUUUUACCAGCGAAUGAAGUUGCAACUAUGCUCAUGAUGGAUGCAAAAGAAAACAUUCUACAAAUACCUUCACCCAUUAGUGAGAACGUUCUACUUACAAGUUUACUCAUGACCCACGCAGUUGAAGAUUUUUCAGUUGCAGAUUUUCUAAACGGAAGUAUUCCAAUUGAUGUUGGAUCCGACAAUGACGAGGAGUUUGAGAUGCAGGCUAAGAAGUUGUUGAAAUUGCUUUUACUUCCGCUCAAACUAUUGAAAAAGUUGCUUUUACUCAUCAAGUUUCUCAUUUGUCUACCAUUUCUCAUUAUCAAAAAAAUUAUUCUACUCCCUUUCUUAUUGAUUAAAAAGAUAAUCAUGUUGCUCAAAAAGAAGGUGUUAAUUGCGAUGAAGAUGAAAAUAACAGCUGUGGUAGUCAAAGUAAAGGAUACGGCGCUGGGUGUGGCGGAGAAGACAGUCGACGUCACUGUUGUUGUUGUUGUACUGAUUAAAAAAGUGGUUAUUAAAACGGCGGCUGAAAUUGACUACGACGUAAAGAAUGUGGCCACAAAGGUAAAGAUGACAAAAGAUAAGAUUGUAGAUAAGAUGAUUAUGGAAAAAAUAAAGAUUAAUGACAAGGUGGAUGCUAAAGUAGGUGAGGCGUUGAUGAAGGCGGAAAGAACAAAGGAGAAGCUUUUUGGUGGUCAAUGA